CUGGGCGGGAGGCAGAGUGGCAGCAGCCAGGUCCUCGCCUGAAGUGGAGGAUGGAAGGAGAGGACGGUGCCAGCCGUGCUGCCCCUGCAGACAGGAGGGCCACAGCCCACUUCCCAGCUCCCUCCAGGACCUUCUGGAUCAUCUUGUCCGUUGCCUUGUUGUUUUUUGCAGUUGUUGGUGUCAGUGUCGUUCUCAGCUUCUCCCCCAGCUCUGCCCAGGCUGGCUCCCAGCUCCUCCGAGUGACGCUCCAGGGCCAGCAGGACCCGCUGAGGAACCAGACAGCCGUGGUGGACAAGGCCAGGAGGACUGUCACCUACUACAUCACCUCGCAGAGCAACCUGAGCGCCGUGGUGCUGUACGACAGCAGGAACGGCUACGUGUGCUACAAGCCGCGGGAGCAGCGAGCCUGCUACCUGAGGAGGAUGGAGCCCUGGGACCUGCAGAUGGCUCUCAACACCUCUGAGCACAGCGCUGAGCAGGUGCUGCAGCCCAACAACCAGACCAAGUUCUACCAGGAGUUUUUGGGCAUUGUGCCCAGGGAGCAGCUGGAGCCCAGGGGCCUGGGGGAGGCUGUGCAGAGCCUGUGUGAGCACACACCCAUCUUCUGGGUGCGCAGAGGCCACGGCCCGGGGAGGCAGCGCCUCAUCUACCUGUGCAUUGACAUCUGCUUCCCCAGCAACAUCUGUGUCUCCAUCUGCUUCUACUACCUGCCCGAGUCAGAGAGUUUAGAGAAGCAGCACCAGGAGAGUUUAGAGAAGCAGCACCAGGAGAGUUUAGAGAAGCAGGAGGCCUCUGCUCAGCACGGCCAGCACAGACACUGCAGCUCUGCUCCAGAGCCUCAUCCCUAGGAAUUAGCAGCCCCAGGCCCAGAGGGAUCCCGGGAAGCAGCUGGAGUUCUGGGGCUCUGUUCAACACAAGGUGGUUGUUGUUACAUCGGGGGGUGGUGGCUGUAGGAGAGCAGCUCUCCAAGGCACUCUGUGAAACACUUUGAAUAAAGGGAUUGCAAACCA